AUGAUUCAUAAUACAAAAGGCGAGGUUAUGAAUUCUUUAGGAUCAAGAUCUUAUUGUCUAUUCAAAUUACUUAUCAUACAAAAACUUGCACCUAUUAUCCAAAGUCUGAUAAUAAGAAGGAAUUACAGAAAGAAAAGUCGUAAAAAUGCAAAAUCUAGAUCUUAUGCAAAACAUUCUUCUGCAAAUCAUUCACCUUUUGACAAACAUUUCGCUCAUGAAACACCAGUGACUAAACCUGGUGGAACAUUGCAUAUUGUGGGUUCAGAUCCCACACUAUAUAAUGUAAUUGCAGCUGCAUUGGAGUCUUCAGCAGACAAUAGCAAGAAUUUAUCUUUUGAAGGAGAUCAUCAACAUGUUGACGAAGUGAGUGAUAUCAAGGAUCUUGGUUCUAGUAAACAUAAACUUCAUCUCAGGAGAACCGAAAGUACUUCUGUCUUGGGAACCCAUUCACAUAAAGGAGGGCUCAAUGUGUCCGAGUGCAACUCCCCUGAUUUUAAGAAACGUGAAGGUUUUUGGGGAAAGAUUGGUUCUGAAAUGGGAGUCCCUUCACAUAAAGGCGGGGUCAAUGUGUCAGAGUGCAACUCCCCUGAUUUUAAAAAGCGUGAAGGGUUGCGGGGAAAGACUGGUUCUGACAUGGUUAUUAGGAAAGAGGGACAAGGUGUUCCAAAGCUUCAGUGUCGGGUGAUGGGAGCCUAUUUUGAGAAACUCGGAGCCACUUCUUUUGUUGUAUAUUCAAUCGCAGUGACCGACGGGCAAGAAAAAACAUGGUUUGUAAAACGAAGAUACAUGAACUUUGAGCGAUUGCAUCAACAUUCCAAAGAAAGUCCAAGCCCAGUCCUGUUUCGAUGUUUUCAAGUCUGCAAGUAA